CACGUGAUGACGAAGGUUGGAUUAUUUUGGAGGGAAACUACCGAGGUGGGAAUGGUCGACGAUGAUUGGAUUGCUAGACGAGGGUCAGCUUCGAGGAACCCAGUUCAAUUCACUGACUCUUCUCCGACUCGGGCGCAAACAGCACAGUGACCAAGGAAAAUAUCAGGUAUGCCACCGCCGCGCCUUGGCUUGGCUUGCGAACGUGCAGUCCUGCUCUGCCCUCUGCCUUUUGCACCAGCAAUGGUCCGUAUCACACGUCGCCAGUGCCGCGAGUAAGAGCAGUGAGCCUAUUGUCCAGCACCUAGCACCAGCACCAGCACCAGCGCCAGCAACCAGCAACUACCAGGGUCGACAAGAAGCGGUACGUUGGGCCACAGAACCAUUGACGCAGCUCCGCAACAGCGCAGCGCACUCCUCCAGCGCCCUUCCCAGUGUCUGCCUCUGGAAUACGGGCACUUUAUCGCGUGGCCUGCAGCAAACGCGGUCCCCGAUUCCUGAACAGCACAGGCAAAAGCGCGAGCUUGUGUCUUGGCAAAUUGGGGGGCGUUGGGGGUGCAGCAAGGACUGUUUGAGGCGGCGGUGCUUUCUGGCCUUUUGCCUUCGCCUUCGCCCUCGCCCUCAGGGCCAACAAUGAAGAAUUCAGGUGUCACCCUACCCUUCUUAAGGCAAUCUCGCCCAGGGAGCGACCGCAGCCCUCUCAAUCGGUCAAUAUGUUUUAGUUCAUAAUUGUACGGUCAUGCUUCUGUUAAGUCGCGGCCAUGAUGGCCGAAAGGAGAAGUUGAUGGGGUGGCAAUGAAGUGAUGAAGGGGAUGUUGUUGGAGAGUGAAGAAAGAA